CGGCGGCCAUGGGGAGACGCGGCCGAGGCGGCAGGAGGUUGCCGCUGCUGGUGGGCACCGGGCCGGCGGGCGCGGGGCGCCGAGCGAUCCCCGCGGCCAGGCCCGGCCCGGCUGCAGCGGCCCACCGCGGUGUGCCCAGGCCGGGCCGGCCCAGUCCCUGGCGCCGGGGAGAGGCGAGCUGCCCGGCCCGGAAGCGGGGAGCGCACGGAAUGAUCAACUUUUGCCCGCAGUGUGGCCAGAAGGUAGAGACGGCAUUUCAUUUCUGCCCUGUCUGUGGGAAUAAGCUGCCUAAAGAAGAAGAUGAGGAGCCAAUGCAACUCACUCCAGAUGCCUCUUUGUCCUCUCUGAAAGCGCUGAGGCAGGAUGAGCCGAAUCCAGCAAGAGAGACAGUGGAGUGGAUGUCUUCUGAGAAAAUGCUAGCUUCCACUUCGACUGAAGAGGAGGCUUGGAGCCCACCAGCUGCUUCCCCAAGCACCAAGGUGGCAUCCAAGGCAAAGGUCAGUCCCCGAUCUCCCCGGCGGCUCAAGUCCACCUCCGUGGCACCUCUCCCAGAGGGCAAGAUCCUGACCGACCAGAACAGCAAGCAGUGGAAACUGGGGAAGCUUUUGAAUCAGAGCGAGUGUGGGCUGAUGUAUGAAGCACAGUCAGCAUCUGGAGCGUGCCCUCAAAGGCAAAGAUACUCUCUCAAACUUGACACCAAAGACGGCAGGCUCUACAACGAGCAGAUCUUCCUGCAGCGAGCGGCAAAGAAAAUCACAGUGGAUAAGUGGAAGAGGAUGCACUCGGUGCCCUUGCUGGGGAUCCCAAAUUGCGUUGGCUUUGGUCUCCAUGAGAGUAACUACAGGUUUCUGGUGUUCCCUGAGUUAGGACGAACCCUUCAGUCAAUCCUGAACGAUGGCACGAACCUUCUGACAGAAAAACCAGUUUUCCAGAUCGCCAUCAGGGUGCUAGACUCCCUGGAGUACAUCCAUGGAAACGAAUAUGUGCACGGGGACAUCACAGCAGAGAACAUCUAUGUGAACCCAGACGACCUUGCAGAGGUCACCCUGGCGGGUUACUGCUCUGCAUUCCGAUACUGCCCGGGAGGAAAGCACGUGGCUCAGCGCGAAGGCAGAAGGACUCCUCAUGAGGGCACCAUUGAGUUCAUCAGCCUGGAUGGGCACAGGGGAGCUGGACCAUCUCGCCGGAGUGACCUGCAGUCUCUGGGCUACUGCAUGGUGAAGUGGUUGUGUGGCUUCCUGCCCUGGACUGAUGAGCUGGCUGAUGUGCACAAGGUCAUGGAGCAGAAAGAGAGGUACAAAACAGACGUGGUCGGGCUUCUGCGACUGUGCUUCGGCCGAAAACCAGCUCCAGAUGCCCUGCACAGCUACCUGCAGCAAGCAAUGGCCUUGACCUUUGAAGAGGAGCCAGACUACAAGGCACUGCGAAAGUUCUUGGGGAAGCCGCUGGAGAUGAGGAGAACUUCGGCUUAUGACUCGGUGGAUCUCAAGGUGGUGCCUUAGAUCUCAAGAAACUGACUAAAACUGUGAGAGGUUUAACCUAUUGGAAGGGCCCUGCUCUGGGGCAGCCGGCUCCUGCUGUCCUUCAUUGUACACCUGUUCUAGAAUUCCUUGGAGGUUUGAGAGGGAUUGUUUUUAGGGCUUUUACAGUGAUUUUUAGAAAGCUGACUUCUGAGCCAGUGCUGUAGCUUAAUGAGCUCCAGCUAACAUGAAGACUAAACUCCUGCUUGGCAGAUGGCUUCCCCAACCACUGUUUGGAACUACCUAGCAACUGGGAGUGUUGCCAUAGGGGGACAGACUGAGCCUGGUGAACGGAAAAGAAAUCAGGGAUUUUAAAUGUUUGUAUCCUGCCUAAUAAACACUGCUUGUUUUGUAAUAAACGCUUUGUGGAUGGA